GGAGUAGUCUUUAGUUCAGUACUGCUCCGAGGUUCGUACAGGUAGGAGGAGAGAGUCGAUCGGCCAUCUUGGAUUCCGGGGGUCGUAUUCGGCUAUGAUGAAUCGCGGCUCAAUGGACAAAUUCUCGAUUCCAAAUCAACUCAGAGAAGUCCUUCUGGACUUCACAAUCAACUACCUUCUAGAACAACCUCCGGAUCUGCUGCAGUUCGGUGUCGACUUCUUCACAAAGCUGCGAGACUCGCGCACCCAAAUAAAGAUCGACGGUUCACCUGAAGAGUCCCUGGUGUCUGGGGAUGAAGAAGCGGAGCCUCCAGUGAGCAGAUUCGCCAUCAGACGUAAAUCAGUAUUUGCAGAGACAUAUAAUCCGGAAGAGGACGAUGAGGAGGAAGGGGAGCGGACUGUCUUCCCGAAAUCAGAUGAGCAGAGGCAGCGUCUUGCUGAUAGUGUUAAGAAUAUCUUACUCUUUAGAGCUUUAGACCCGGAGCAAAUGCAAGAUGUCUUGGAUGCCAUGUUUGAACGACGAGUGCAGCCGGAAGAGUAUGUCAUUAAGCAGGGCGAUGACGGCGACAACUUCUACGUCAUCGAGUCAGGCACAUAUUUGACAUUCGUCAAGAUGGAGACGGACACCGAGCCAAGGCAGGUUUACAAGUACGAAGGCAGCGGUUCGUUUGGUGAGUUGGCUCUCAUGUACAAUAUGCCGAGGGCGGCCACCAUUCAGGCAGCUACAGAAGGCUCCCUGUGGGCCAUGGACAGGCAGACGUUCCGUCGAAUUCUGCUCAAAUCAGCAUUCAGGAAGCGCAAAAUGUACGAGAGCCUGAUCGAAUCUGUGCCAAUGCUUAAGGCUCUUGAGCCUUAUGAGCGGAUGAAUCUGUCAGACGCGCUGGUGCCAAGGAGUUUCGGCCCUGGCGAGGUCAUCAUCCGCCAGGGUGACGCCGCCGACGGCAUGUACUUUGUCGAGUCGGGUGACGUCAUCAUCAAGGUGAGCGAGGGAGGCAACGAGGCCGAAGUGAACCGCGUGCAGAAGGGCGGCUACUUUGGCGAGCUCGCCCUGGUCACCCACCGCCCGAGGGCGGCCACGGCUGUGGCUGUAGACUGCGUCAAGCUUGCUUUCCUUGACGUGGAAGCGUUCGAACGACUGUUGGGACCGUGCAUGCAGAUCAUGAAGAGGAAUAUCGAGGACUACGAGAGCCAGCUGGUGCGCAUCUUUGGCUCCAAGGCAGAUAUCAGCGACGUUCGAUGAAGCCCCUCGCCCCCGAGAGAAGACCAUGAGUAGAUCCCCUCAAAAACGGCACAAACAUUCCAGGGGCGAUUUUGACGUGAUACUGAAAUAGAGACUCUCUCUAGUCCACAUUCCCACUCACACUGAGCUGCUGCUUAAUAUUGUCUUUUCCCCUCUCUGUUGUCAAAUGAAUGUGCUACCAAAAUCAAACAAAAUAAAUAUAUCUGAAUGUUGACAACUGGUGCUAAUUUUAUUUAACUUGUUUUUUUCCAGCUGUUUGAGCCCGAAAAUGCUCAUUUUUUGUGGAGUUUUGUAAUUUAACCCUAUAGAUUCCCUCAAGAUGAAACAAAGUAAAAGGUGUAACGCUUUAAAUCAAAAUAAAUGUUUCUUCAUGUGAGAA